ACGGCGGCCACGGUUCGGCCAGUUCUGCCAGUUCUUCCACCUCUGCUGCUGACCAAAAACAGUUGGGACGUGAACGUGGUCUAGAGGCGACAUAUUGUGUGGAUAUAAAAUGCUAAUAAUUAUCCGUAAAUGUUAAAAGAGACAAAGACUGAAAAAAUCGACGAGCAUUUUUUGUGAAAUUAAAAAGCAUACAACUUGAAGCAGGAAGGUCAUGAGUCCGUGGCAGUCUGGUUCGAGGAGGCCAUUACAAUUGGCGCUCUUCUGUGUCCUAAUCACACUACUCUGUAUCUUCGAUUGCCAUGGAGUGGAGGUGUCAUCAUCACCCACUAGGAAAUCUGCUCCUCUGCGAAUCACCAAGCCACAACCAACGUCACCGCAGCCGAAGCCAAGCAGCAGCACAUCCAAGGCAACCACCACCACGGAAGCGCCCACAACCGAUGACGGAGCCUCCUCCAGUCCGGGUGAGGGCCUGCUGGCCCCACUUAUCUCAUCCACAACGGAGGAGAGCAGCAGUAGUGGGAGUAGCAGUGGCACAACAGCCAGCUUAGUGCCAGAGAUAUGUCUCAAUGGACUGCAGUUGACAAUCAACAGUCCGGACGAGGGAACCCUCAUCCGAAGUCAAGAUGAAUUCGUCCAGAUUAUAGAGGGCGAUGUGAUGCUCAGUGUCUUAACCAAGGAUCCCAUCUCGGCCCUCUUUGUAGUCAACCGAGUGAACCAAGCGAAUCUCAUAAAUGCAGAUUUUGAAAUAGGACUUCGUGCCAUCAAUAUUGAUAACGACAGUCUGGCCGAGAGCAUUCUCCUGCAGGAGGUUCAAUAUCUGCAGCAGUGCACUCAGUACUCCAUGGGUAUCUUCAUGGACUUUGAACUGUACAAGCAGCUCGAGUCAGUUAUCAAGGACCUCGAGUACAAUAUCUGGCCCAUAUCAGCAACUCGCGCCUACCUCUUCCCCAAGGUGGCACAUUUGUUGCAUCAGAUGCCCUGGGGCGAGAAAAUAGCAUCUGUUGAGAUUGCAACCGAGAACCUGGAGAUGUACAAUGAAUUCAUGGAGGCCGCCCGUCAGGAGCACAUGUGUCUAAUGCACUUCAAGAGCGACGACAAUGUCUACAUUUUGUUUGGCAACAAGAUGGCGAGCCAUUUUAAGGAGAAUGGAACCCUGUUUGCGGUGCCCACCGACCGCACGGAUGAUGAGUUCUUGGCAGAUCUUCCCAACAAAGCCUUCAUUCUGAUGGAAAACGAAAUAGACCUGGGCACCACCAGCGAACUGGACCCCACGCCAACCACCCUGGACGAGGUGCUGAUCGGCAAGAGUGUGCUACCCUCGAGAGUUCUCAGCUUUGCGGAUCCUUUGGUGGAUCUGAUGCACUGGUUGCGCGGCUCGCUGGCCAAGCACUGCAAACGGGAUGGGGAAAUGUAUGUGCUGGAGAGCUGCUUUAAUUUCCUCAACUUCAUCGAAGACUGGCGCACGUCCGAGUACCGUCAGGCGCAUGAGACUGCGGAGAUUCUGUCGCUGCUGCUUAUGCGCAAGCUCACCACAUCCAUGAAUUUCCAGAUGUACCAGAAGAAGGUGCAGACCCUCGACAAGAUCACCGGGGAGUCCCGCACAGAGCUUCGGGAGAUCGCCUCGCAAAACUUAGUGAGCAACGUGACCACCUACUACCACUACAACCGGGACAAUAGUACUAGCCUGGAGCUGAAGACGAAGUUCGGUCAGGUGUUCAAUUGUCAGUACAGCGCUGGCGACAACCGGCGCUAUCCGUUCCUCUUCGACGGCGAGUCGGUCAUGUUUUGGCGCCUCAAAGUGGACACUUGGGUGGCAACGGGACUGACGGCCGCCAUCUUGGGCCUGAUAGCCACGCUGGCCAUUUUGGUGUUCAUUGUGGUGCGCAUUUCGGUUGGCGAUGUCUUCGAAGGCAAUCCAGUGACCUCGAUCCUCCUGCUGCUCUCGCUGAUCCUGGUCUUCUGCUCGUUUGUCCCCUUCUCCAUUGAGUAUGUGGGUGAGCAGCGUAACUCCCACGUAACCUUCGAGGAUGCUCAGACCCUCAACACGCUGUGUGCGGUUCGGGUGUUCAUCAUGUCUCUGGUAUACUGCUUUGUGUUCUCGCUGCUUCUUUGCAGGGCUUUGAUGCUGGCCUCCACUGGUUCUGAAGGUGGCUUCCUGUCCCACGUCAACGGUUAUAUACAAGCCGUGAUUUGUGCCUUCAGCGUGUUCGUCCAGGUGGGGAUGUCUGUACAGCUGCUGGUCGUGAUGCAUGUGGCCUCGGAGGCGGUGUCUUGCGAGAAUCUCUACUAUGGCCACUGGCUGUGGGGCUUGUUGUCCUACGACUUUGUGCUGCUCUGCUGCGUGGCGGCCCUGAUCCCCUUCAUAUAUCGCUCGCAGCGGAACUAUCGCGAGGGCAUACUCAUUGUCAUCGGGGCUAUUCUCAUCUUGGUCAUUUGGGUCGCUUGGAUUGUCCUCUCCCUGUUCGGCGACGAGUGGAGGGAUGCUGCCAUUCCGCUGGGACUGCAGGCCUCGGGCUGGGCCGUACUUGUGGGCAUUCUGAUACCGCGCUCUUUCCUAAUUGUGCGCGGUAUAGAACGCUCGGACAUUGCCCAGGCCCUGCCAUCGCUCACCUCGCUGGCAUUUGCCCAAAACAAUCAGUAUUCCUCAGAGCAGAGCGUCUAUGAGUGCGUGAAUCCCGCCAUGCGUCACUGUUCGCAGGAGGAGAUGAACCAUCAGUCGCCCAGCGAGAUCCCAACGUUACCCUUGCGUGGCGGUGGGCCACGACGACAGCAGUUCUUCGCCAAUCUCCGCCAGGCUAAUGCCAACAUCAAUCCCCAACGUCCUCCACCUCGACCGCAGCAUAGUCCUUCGCGUUCAUCGCUCUCCUCGCUGCCUCCAUCGCCCGAAAGCAACAAGAUCACACGAUUCUAGCUCCGCUGUGCUCCGAGU